ACAUGUUGCGCGAUCAUGUCGACGCGAUCGCUUGUUAGCUUAUCGUCGGUUCAUCUCUGGAUUACGGCGCUUUUUCUAUACUGUUCUAUGUGCUAUGCGCUGAAGUGCCGCACCGACGAUGGACCAUCCGAAUCGGAGUUAAAACGCAUUACGCGCAAUUGUAUGCGUAAGAUCGGUGAGAAUGUGCAUCCGAUUGGUGGAGGAUCAAUGAGUUCCAACAACAAUCAUAAUCAUCCUUACGGACCGUUACAUCAAUCGAAUUUUGGGCCACAGCAUGGCGGCAAUUCACGUUAUGAUUAUAAUUAUGAUUACGACGAUAAUGCUGAUCAAUAUUAUGGCAAUGCUAAUAAUCCAAAUAACAACAACUACAAUAAUAACAAUUAUAACAACAAUAAUGGUAAUUCCGAUCGCGAUCGUAAUGUAUUGCAACAACGCAAUCGUGAUCGACAGCAAAAUAACCGAUCGGAUAACAAUAGAUCGGCUUCUUCAACCUCCUCAAAUAAUAAUGGCGGCCGCUACGAUAAUAAUGAUGGCAACGGUAAUAGAGGUGGCAGCGGCGGCAAUGGCGAUGGUGGAAAUCGUAAUGGUAAUGGUGGCGCUAACACUGGUGGUCGCAAUUCGGGUGGCAAUGGCGGCAGUGGCAACAGUCAACGCGGUUUCAAUCAAAAUAAUUCCAAUAAUAAUAACAAUAAUAACAACAGAAAUGGAAAAAAUGACACAGCCGAUGUUGCUUGCGUAGUGCAUUGCUUCUUUGAAGAGUUGAAUAUGCUCAACACCGACGACUAUCCGGAUCGCUAUAAGGUGCAGUAUGGUCUAACACGUGAUCUACGUGAUCGUGAGCUGCGCAACUUCUAUACCGACACCAUACAGGAUUGCUUCCACUAUUUGGAAACACAGCGUAAACGGGACAAAUGCCACUACUCACGUGAUCUCAUCAAUUGCAUGACCGAAUAUGCUAAAGUGAAUUGUGACGAUUGGCAGGAGUUCAAUGUGGUUUUCAAUUGAAUUAUGUUAAGAUGAUGAAAUGUUUAGAUGUGGUUAAUGUCUGUAAGCUUGUUUUAGAAUCAGCAAAGCUAUAAAAAGAAUUUAGCAAACUCA